UCUCGCUCACUCGCUUUCUCCUCCAGAUUGGGCGUGGUGCUUCAAUUCCUUUGGAAUUGGAUUGAUCCCCUGCACCUGCCUUCAAUCAAUUGCAAUUUAGGAAGAAGAAGAAGAGAAGCAAUAUUAAUGGAGGAGGAGAAAGAAUUGAGGCCAUUGAGUAAGGAAGAUUUUGAUGGCUUGCGCAUCCACGAGCCAUGGGAGCAGUUGUUGCUAGUGGCUGCUGUUGCAUCCUCUCUUCACAGCACUGAAUGUAAUUCCUCUAAUCACGAUCUUCACCAUUUUGAUGGGUUGCGCAUCCCAGACGAGCCAUGGGAGCAGUUGUCGCUAGUUGCUGCUGUUGCAUCCUCUCUUCACAGCACUGAAUCUGCUGAGAUGAGCCAUCGUCUCAGAAACGGCAUCAUCCAAAUUGGCGGCAUUGACAUUCUUCCCGUCAUCCGAAAAAAGCUCUCAUCCACCGAUGUUAGCAGUAACCACAAUCGGCUCUCUAUCCCACUCAACCAAGUCAUGUCUGAAUUUCUGACUCCGGAGGAGAAGAACUUUUAUCUUUCACAGCGCAACGCAUCCGGGAAGAAGCUGGUUGGCAUGGAGGUGCCCUUGAUGGUUGAUCACCCACGUGCACAAGACCUUGAUGUAUUCUCGGGCAUUCGAUUGAAAAAGUGGGACAUGAAGAAGGAGAAAGGCAAGACCAGCUCGUGUUAUGUCCUGGUUUCGAAGUGGAAUGACGUAGUUGCGAAAACCAAGCUCGAAAACAACAAGGACAUCCAGCUCUGGUCCUUCCGCCGCAAAACACAGCUCUGUUUUGCUCUGCGUGCAUGAGAUGGGGCAUAUGUGGACGCAUAAUUUUUAUGUGUAUGUGUGUAUGGGUAUGCAUAUGAAUAUGUGUAUUUUUAAUUCAGGGACUCUACUCCUUAUCACUUGAAUCAAUUAGCUGGGCUGAAUACGUGUAUUAAUAUACAAUAUAUAUGUGCUUUGCCUGAUUCACUUUUUGUAGCCGGCGCAUGAGUUUGAAGGUGCAUUAUCCCACAGCUUGGACACCAA